CAUGCGUUGCCGGCUGAUGAAAGAGUGUGGACGGCGGUUUGGAAAUAAAAGGCGGCCGUCGACAGAACACGUUCAAUCGUUUUAUACUUGAUUGCAUAAAAUUGAUUCAUUUUUGUUGUGAAACAGUUCGGUUUCUUCUCUUUGAGACUUUAUAAAUCGGUUCAUAUUUCGAUUGCGCAUUGUUCUUCGAAGAGGAGCUUCGGAAGAGUAACCCGCUUCAUUCAUUUGAUUUUGACAUCAGCAUAUAAUAUUAAUAGUAAAAUAAUAAUAAUAAUAAAUAGAAAUAAUGAACAGAUUUCGGUCUCUAACAAACCGGGGUUUAAUCACUGGGUCUUUUGGUCAAUGUGCGGGAUUAAGGCGCGUGUCUGAGAAAUGGCGGUACCCGGUAUGGGGGUGCGGGAGGGAGCGGUACAUCACCGCCGAGGCGGCCGCAGCAUCUGCUGCUCUGGGGAAGACCAAGCCGCGAGAGAAGACUCUGAGCAUGGAGAACCUGAACCCGCAUGUGAAGGCCGUGGAGUACGCGGUGAGAGGACCAAUCGUCAUUAAAGCCGCAGAGAUCGAGAAAGUAAUACAGCAGGGAGGAAAGAAGCCCUUCACCGAGGUCAUUAAAGCCAACAUUGGAGAUGCUCAUGCAAUGGGACAACAACCAAUCACAUUCCUAAGACAGGUGGUGGCUCUCUGCACAUUCCCUGAGCUCAUGGACAGCCCGAGUUUCCCUGAGGAUUCAAAGUGGAGAGCAAAGCGCAUCCUGAAGGGCUGUGGAGGACAAAGCAUCGGCUCCUACAGUGCCAGUGAAGGGGUGCAGUGUAUCCGAGAGGACAUUGCAGCCUUCAUCGAGCAAAGAGAUGAGGGUGUACCAGCUAACUGGGAGAACAUCUUUCUCACCACUGGGGCCAGCGAUGGCAUCAUGAACAUUCUGAAACUGCUGGUGUCAGGUGAAGGUCAUAACCGUACAGGUGUGAUGAUCCCCAUCCCGCAGUACCCCCUUUAUUCUGCUGCCAUCGCUGAGCUGGGUGCUGUGCAGAUAAAUUACUAUCUAGACGAGGACAACUGCUGGGCACUGGAUGUCAAUGAGCUCCACAGAGCAUACCAAGCUGCUAAACAGCACUGUCAGCCCCGAGUCCUCUGCAUCAUCAACCCUGGAAACCCUACCGGUCAGGUUCAGAGCAAGAAGUGCAUCGAGGACGUCCUGCACUUCGCCUACGAGGAAAACCUCUUUGUAAUGGCUGACGAGGUGUAUCAGGAGAACGUGUAUGCUCCUGACUGCCAGUUUCACUCAUUUAAGAAGGUGCUGUAUGAAAUGGGACCAGAGUACUUUAACAGCGUGGAGCUGGCCUCGUUCCAUUCCACCUCUAAAGGUUACACAGGAGAGUGUGGAUUCAGGGGAGGCUAUAUGGAGAUUGUUAACCUGGACCCGGACGUCAAGGCCCAACUGGUAAAGCUGCUUUCGGUCAGACUGUGCCCCACCGUGGCUGGCCAGGCCGCAAUGGACGUCAUCGUGAAUCCUCCUGAUCCAGACGAGCCGUCCUUUAUGAAAUUCCACAAGGAAAAAGCAGCAGUGCUGGGAGCUUUAGCAGAAAAAGCGAAAUUAACAGAGCAGAUUCUCAAUGCAGUGCCUGGCAUCAAGUGUAAUCCUGUGCAGGGGGCCAUGUACGCAUUUCCACAGAUUUUCAUUCCACCAAAAGCAGUGGAAGAAGCUAAGGCUUUGGGAAUGCAGCCGGACAUGCUGUACUGCCUGCGGCUCCUGGAGGAAACAGGAAUCUGUGUGGUGCCUGGCAGUGGCUUCGGACAAAGAGAAGGCACAUACCAUUUCAGAAUGACCAUUCUCCCAUCUCACGAAAAGCUGAAGGUACUGCUGGAGAAGGUGCGGGAUUUCCACAUCGGGUUUCUAAAGGAGUACUCGGACCUUCAGGAGCCUCAGUGAGGUGUUUGAGCAUGAGAUGCUGACCACAGAACAUGGAUGAAAUAAUACUUAACACAUUACCCACAAGUAGCAGUUGUGUUAAGUAACUUCAUAUUCUGCUUUAAAUUCAAUUUCCCCUAAAAAGGACACUUUUUCAUGAGCCAUGUGCCUUUGUGCUACUAUAAAAUAAUUAUGAAUGGGAGUCAAUAUAGUUUACCUGUAAAAGAUCUUACACUAAGGCAUGAAAUGACAGUUUUUCUCCGUAUUCACAUCAUGUUCAUCUUCAUUAAACACGUUUUUACAUCACAAAAUUAGGUUUGUCAAUAUAACAAUAUUAAUGUAUUUAUUUGAAACUUGUUUGUGAUAUACAAAGCUUCUCAACAUAUAUCUCUUAUAAAUAAAUAUACCGUGUGGCCUUAAAAUGUAUGUAAUUCAAACUUGUCGCCAGCACUCUGGCCAGGGUCGCUAAUAAGCUAGCUAACAUUCAGCUGAUAAUUUUUUAAUUAAUACCAGGCAGCCAAAAUUUUGGCCAGGUUUGCUAGCAAACUAGCAUUCCGUUUCUCUAACUUAAAAAGUGACUAGCUAGUUAACGUUCAUCUAACUAUUAUUUUUGUCAGGUUUCCUGGAAAACUAGCUAAUAGUUUAUAAUUAAUGCAUCAAUGAAAAUUGGCCAGCAACUAACAAAUAUGUGAGUUUCACAUUUUAUUAAUUUCAGAUUUGUAUUGUAAAUAUGUUCUGCUUUAUUUGUAUUAAUAAGGGAUGUUGAGAGAGAGAGGUGCUAUAAUGAUCGAUACUGUAUUUAAUAAAAAACACUUUUACACAUUUCCCAAACUGCUGCUUCAUGCAGCUUUAAGUAACGCACACUGGGACAGUGUUGAUGUAGUUUCAUAAACGCACAGUUCUUCAUUAUGAUCGAGGUGUUUUUCAUUUUAUUUGUUUUACUUUUUGUGCUGAAUAUAUUUAAACGUUAAAUAGAGAAUGGGGAGUGUCUCUGGUGUCUUGUUUUCUUUUGCUGCUUUUGUUAGUUUUUUUCCUUUACUGUGGUUAUUUUUGCUUUUGCAUUCAUGUGCUAUUAAAAACUGUUUCACAGUGUUUUUUUUUUUUUUUUUUACUGAAGUACAUGUCUAAUUUCCUGAAGUAAAAAUUGAAGUGAAAAUGUAAUUUCAGACAAGCUAAUGAUUACCUGUUACCAGAUUUGGCAUUUCUCUAUAUCUAAUAUGUAUCACUUAAAAGCUAUUUUUUUUUUUAAUUACAUUUUUCUGGAAAGCAUUCUGGAGAUUUUAUUAAUAUUUUUUUCCUGAAAACUCUUGAACAGCAACAAAUGUAAUGCACAGAGACAACGCCUAUCUAUGCAGUCUCCUUUCAAACCUGUUGUAAUUUGAAGUGUCCAUGUUACUAAUAUCCUUUUAUUAAUUAUUGUCACUUCACUUCAGUGAGUUUGACUCUUAUUUGUAGACCUACAUAUUGUGAAGUUCAAAUUAACAAAGCCAAACUGUUUUUAUCUGAAGGUA